AAUAACACUUCCAGACUUCAAUUCUAUUUUUAGAUUUUAGCAUCCUAGAAAAAUGUAUUUUUCUGUGAUAUGCAGCGUUUUGUUAAUAACCAUAGUAAAGGCAGACACUGGAUUUGUAAAUAUUUCAAACACUGUCAACCAAUAUACACUGGAAGUAUGCUCUGAAUAUAACCCAAGUUUUGCCCCCUAUCCUAAAGAAAUUGACAAUAAUACAAAAGGAACACCUGUUGUUGAUAUUUACCCAGAUCCUGGGUGUGAAGCACCACAGGAUCCGAAACUUUACAAAGGGAAAAUCGUCAUUAUGAAAAGACAUAAGAAUUGUACUUUUGCAGCAAGAGCUGUGAAUGUACAAAAUGCAAAUGGAGUGGGUGUUUUGGUGGUCAGUGAUUAUCCUAUAAUAAGCCCAGCUGCGAAUGAUUCUGAAUACAAUCAAAUUCACAUUACUGUCUCUCUGAUUUCUAAUGACUCGUAUUUACAAUUUGACAAUAUGAUUACUGACGUCGGAAUUGAAAAUGUGUUCAUAAAAUUAUAUGCACCCAAAACUGCAUAUUGGGAUCCUAAUUCUGUUAUAAUGUGGUUAUUAGCUGUAUUUACUUGCUCUCUCGGAGCCUAUUUGCAAGCAUCUUUUUACGAUUCUCAAGUGAAGGCUGCUCGAAAGGCGUUGCGUGAGGGAGGGCCAGCGCAGGACACCAGCAAGGACGAUGAAAUGAGUUUCACUGUUAUACAUGCUAUAAUAUUUUUCGGAAUGUGUUCUGUAAUGAUAUUACUUAUGUAUUUCUUUUAUAAAUAUAUGGUUUAUGUUAUAAUAGGUAUUUUCUGUCUUGCUUCAUGUUUUUCAACUUAUGAUUUUUUAGAUAAUAUUUUCGGGAAGUCUUCGUGUUUUACAAGGCAUAGAAUUUGUGAGAAUAAAAUCCCAUUUUUUAACUCACGGCCGCCAAUUCUUAGUAUUUGUCUGUUUUUAGCAUGUGCUGCUUUUGCCAUUUUUUGGGCUGUUGAAAGAAAGGAACCAUAUGCAUGGAUUUUACAGGACAUCUUAGGAUUCACAUUCUGUAUUCAUAUGAUUAAACAAAUUCGACUUCCCAGUUAUAAAAUCAGCACAAUUUUGUUGAUUUUAUUUUUUAUUUAUGAUGUGUUUUAUGUUUUCAUAACUCCAUUAUUCACGAAGAACAAAGAGAGCAUUAUGGUUAAUAUCGCCACUAGGGGAGGGGGGUCAUCUAGUGAAGAAUUACCCAUGUUAUUUAAGAUGCCAAGAUUCCGUAAAUCACCAUAUUCAAAAUGCGGCCCACCGCCUUAUUCAUUACUUGGUUAUGGUGAUGUCAUAUUACCGGGUCUUCACGUUGGGUUUUGUGCCGUCUGGGACUUAAGAAUCAGUAAUACUGUACGGAGGCAUGCUUAUUAUAUAGCUGCUAUAAUCGGUUAUGCUACUGGACUUGUUUUAACUUUUGUUGGAAUGUAUUUGACAAUGAUGGGGCAGCCAGCAUUGUUGUAUUUAACGCCAUGUUGUCUUUUAAGCACAUUAAUCGUUGCUGUUAAAAGAAAAGAACUAAGGCCUAUUUGGGCAGGUAAAUUGCCUGUUAAGUCCCGUUCUACUAGCGUGGAUCCACCCAGAGUCCAAGACCCCAAUACCCCAAAUGAAGCAGACUCCCUUUUAAGAACACAAGCCUGAAUUGUUUAUUUUAUUCACUGUAUAAAAGUUUUAUCAUUGGCAAAGAGAUUCAUUUUUUUCAUUUCUUCUUUUCAACUCCCAUUUUCUGUUAUUUGCCUGAGUAAAAAAUGAUUAGUGAGCAUUGUGGACGCAGAAUUUAUAUAAAAAACUUUACAAAUCACAAAGGGACAUUAUUAUUAGCGAAAAACUGUUUUUUUUUUCAACAUUUUUAGAAUUAAAACAUUCGAAACAUUUUCACAAAUAUCAAAAUCUUACAGAAAUUUUAAAUUUUUAUAGAAUUUUUAUUCAUUUCAUUUGCGUUUAUUAUGAAUUCAUUUCAAUUCAUUCGCUGUCACUAUGGUUAGAAAUAUAAAUUAUCAAUGUGCUUCAUUGGCUACUGUAAAGAUUUUCAUUAAUAUUUAAGAAGUUACUAAAUUAUUAGAAAAAAAGUUAGGGAACAUUUAGUUAAACUAGUUUCUCAAAUAAACCGUUGAACAAAGAAACCUAUAUGCCAAGUCGUGGCAAGAAAAUUUCAAAAAAAGGGGGGGGGGGUGUCUGAAAUUUCUAUUUGCCAAGUUAGAUCGAAACAGCUAGGGUUUCUACACCCCUGUCUAUAUGUAUUUAUUAUUUUGUGUGCUUUUCUGACUUCUGUUAAAUUUUCUUCGGCGAAGUUUUAAAAUUUUUCAUACAAUAAUAGCUAAAAAUAUUAUUUAUGAUAAAACUGUAGUAUUUCAAUAUUUGUGUGAUUCAUUAUUCUCAUUUAUCACCAGUAAUUUGAAAAUACUGUAAUUAGCUGUUGAAUGAUGGUGACUGAGCUGACUAUACUGCAUUUCAUGGUCAUCACCCUUUUUCUGACACUCAAUUUAAGAUUUUCAGGUUUAUUUUUUUUAAAUGAUCAUAACCUGAAUUUUCACUUCAGUCCAAUUCCUGUGUCUGAUCUACUUCACUAUCAUUUCCAAUCUUCUAACACCAAAAAUCAUCGGAGUGUGACUGGUCGGUACAAUUGUGUCUUGAUUGCUUAGUGCCCAUGCUGCUCCUUUCUGCACUAAUGUUUUCUGUUAAUGAAUAUGGUUUCAAUUUGCACCAAAGUAGACUUGCCAGCGUUUCUCAAACAUUAAUGAUCUAUGCCCUCCUUCUAAAUAAUUAACCAAAUCAACCAAUUUACUUCAACCGUGCCCUCUUUUCAGAAUUUUCAAGUCUCGUUUCUCACGUUAGAAAUAACUAGCUAACAAUAGGCUAGAAAUAAUAGAUAGUAAGUCAAUGUUUCAUUCAAAAAAACGCAUUGCAAUACGUAGAUGGACCAUAAAUAUCCAAAAUAAGAAAAUGUAAAUACCCAAAAUAAGGCGGGCAAGAUCAAAUCUAACAAAUAUUUUUAUUUUUAAUCAGCUUCACGCCCUCUAAAACAUUGUCCACGCCCUUCUUAUGGGGCACGCCCGACUGCUUGAGAAUCACUGCUCUGACUUAUUACAGGUUGUAUUGAAAACUCACAAAUUUGUCACCUGAAGUGCCCACUGAUUUUCUGUACAAAUUUUAGCAAUCUUUAUGGAAUUUUCCAAAGGUAUAAAAAUCUGAUUAUUAAAUUUUGCUUCGUUUAUUAUUUUCAUGUUUUAUGCUCAUUAGA